AUGUAUCAGAGGAAGUAUGCAGUUGACCUUAUUUCUGAUUUAGGCUUAGCAGGAGCCAAACCAGUUGGUGCUCCCCUUGAAUUACAUAUAAAACUCACUACUGUAGAAUUGGAUUGUAUUAUAGAGGUGGAUAAUGACCCUCCACUCGAUGAUGUGAGUUCUUAUCAACGACUAAUUGGAAUAUUGUUAUAUUUGACUCACACGCGGCCUGAUAUCUCAUUUGUUGUACAAUCUUUAAGUCAGUUUAUGCAUUCGCCUAAAGUUUCUCACAUGAUUGCUGCCACAAUAGUCAAAUAUAUAAAACAGUCUCCCGGCCUUGGUGUCCUUCUCUCAUCAAAUUCCACUUCCAUUUUGUCUGCUUUUUGUGAUGCAGAUUGGGCAUCUUGCCCAAACACUCGUCGAUUUGUUACUGGAUAUCUCAUCAAGUUUGGGUCAUCUCCUAUUUCCUGGAAGUCCAAGAAGCAACCCACUAUUUCUCGCAGUUUAGCUGAGGCUGAAUAUCGUUGUCUUGCUUCCACUGUAGCUGAACUUGUGUGGUUAGUUGGCCUAUUUGCUAAGUUGAAUGUUAUUGUAUCUCUCCCAGUGCCUUUACAUUGA